GAAAAAAAUGUAUGACGAUGACGACGAUGAUGAUGAGAGUUUUGCGAAUAAAUUGUGUUUGUUUUAGGAGAUCACAAAGAGUUUUUUUUUAUUGCGUUUAAUUGCGUUAUUUUGUACGUAAUUGAGAGAUCAAAGAAAUAUACAUAUACAAUAAAUAUUCUAGUUUAUUUAAACAAACAAAUAUAUAAGGAAAGGAAAUGGAUGCUGAAAAUGAUAAUGAACAACCGAAUUCCUCUUCUGCCAGUAGCAGCAACAACAGCAGCAGCAGUAAUUUGCUUGUUAAUUUGCCGUUGUUACCUAUACUGCACUCUCAAGAUGAUGAAGAUGUGGUUGAGCAUUUGCCGUUUCAUCCGCCAUCGCCACCAAAUACAGCAAAUAAUCAACAAUUAGAAUUUAUAACGACCGGACAGCCACAACAUUCAGAUAAUUCAGCUUUUAUAUCACCUUUAUUAUUUAAUAACAAUACAACACCACCUCCUUCAUCAUCCUCAUCGUCGUCGUCAUCAUCGUCACACAUCCUACACCUCUUUCAUCACCAACACUCUGAGCACCCACAUCAACAACAUUUCCCUCCUCCCUCCCACCAGCAACACGCACCAUCGUCAUCACAAGGAUCAGAACAAGAAAAUAUCAUAGACGAUAACGCUAUAGCUGAUACAAUUGAUGCAUCAACAAUUGAUAAUAUCGAUGAAUUACAACAAUUGAAUGCAGAACCAUCCUCCUCCACCACAAGUCGUCAACCACCACAGCCCUUAGUAGGCACUACAUCUGCCGGCAUUGAUACAGCUGUGGUAACUCACGAAUCACACACACCUCCCACAACACUGCCACUGUUACUACAACAAGAUAACAAACAAACAAGCUCUUCGUACUUUUCUCGUCCUUACUAUCAUUCUAAUCAACAUAAUCGACAUCAGCAUACACGAUUUGGUACUUCCGGUACAUUUGCUUUUGACUCCAAUAAAACUAACGACCGAAUAAUGUUCACUAACAACGAUAGUAGUGUGCCAAUGUCUGGUACAACUGGCAACUCACACCAACACCAAUCGGUAGAUCGUCUUAAAAUGUUAUAUCCAAAUGUUGAUGAAAACGAGACACCAUUACCACGCUGUUGGAGUCAACAUGACAAGUGUUUGUCUAUUGGUUUAUCAGAAAAUAAUCUACGCGUUCAUUACAAAGGUGUUGGCAAGCAGCAUAACGAUGCUGCAUCAGUACGCACUGCUUAUCCAAUACCACCAGCAUGUGGUCUCUAUUACUUUGAAGUUAAAAUCAUAUCCAAGGGUAAAAACGGUUAUAUGGGUAUUGGAUUAACAGCUCAACAAUUUCGCAUGAAUCGUUUACCAGGAUGGGAUAAACAAUCAUAUGGUUAUCACGGCGAUGAUGGUAAUUCUUUUUCAUCUUCCGGCAGCGGACAGUCCUACGGUCCAACUUUCACCACUGGUGACGUUAUUGGUUGUUGCGUUAAUUUCGUUAACAACACCUGCUUCUAUACUAAAAAUGGCAUUGAUUUGGGCAUUGCAUUUAGAGAUUUGCCUGUAAAUGUUACAAAACUAUAUCCUACAGUCGGUUUACAAACACCUGGCGAAGAAGUAGACGCUAAUUUUGGCCAAGAACCAUUCAAAUUUGAUCAAAUUGAAGAUAUGAUGAAACAAAUGCGUGAAGAGAUGAAAUCAUCAAUUUAUAACUUUCCCAUGCCAAUUGAGCAAGGUGACCCCACAACACUUUUGCAUAAAAUGGUUUCCUCAUAUUUGGUACAUAAUGGCUAUAGUCAAACUGCAGAAGCAUUUUCAAAAAUAACAGGACAAAACUUUCAAGAGGACAUGGCCUCAAUACGAAACCGCCAAAAAAUACUUAAAUUAGUUAUGUCGGGAAAAAUGGGUCAAGCAAUUGAUCAAACAAUUAGAUCGUAUCCAGGACUAUUGGAAAAUAAUAAAAAUUUAUGGUUUAUGUUAAAAUGUAGGCAAUUUAUUGAAAUGAUAAAUGGUUCUGACAUUGAGUACUGCCCUACAAAUAAACAGACUUAUUCUACAACUACACAAACAACGCCACCAAAUCAGACAUCAGUUAUUCAAUCAACAAAAGCUUAUCAAAAUGGUAAAUCUGCACAGAAUGCUACAAUAAAUUCAGCUGUGAUAAAUGAAGAUAAUCAACAGGAUCUAAAAAAAUCACUUUUAAUUAGUGAAAACGUUCCCGCUGCAGAGGAAAAUGUGUCAAAUAAUUCAAAUAUUGAUGUGGUUCCAGGCAUCGAUUUUCUAAAUGAUGUUGAAAUGGAAAAUAAUGGUCAUACAACAAAUGGAAAUUCUUGUAAAAACGGAAACAUUAAUGAUUCUUUAGAUAUCGAGGAAGAUAUGGAUGUCGAUAUGAUUACCCCGCGAAAACACAGCUAUGGCAUAGAGAGAAUAUUAGAAUUCGGUAAAGAACUUUCACAAAUGGGUCAGCAACUUGAAAAGGAAAACAAAAUGAAUGAUGAUGAUAGACAAAUGUUGGAGGAUGCAUUUAGCUUAAUUGCAUAUUCAAAUCCAUGGGCAAGUCCUUUAGGCUGGCAAUUAUGUCCCACAAAACGUGAAAAUGUAUGCACAGCGCUUAACUCUGCCAUAUUAGAAUCAAUGAGCUAUGCUCGGCGUCCGCCGUUAGAUGUUUGUUUAGCACAUGCGUCCGAAUUGCUUAAAGUAAUGGCGCAGGCUUCGCUCGGUGCAUGUGCGUUUGUGAAUAUUGAAGACAUAUUUCCUCAAAAUUGACCAUCCGCGAUAUAUAAAAUUUUUGAGACUUAAUUUCAAUAAUAGAACUGUCGACUCAUCCGAAUGUGCUAGUUACAGCGCUUACGUUAUAAAUUUAUCUUAUAUAUAUUAGAUUUUUAAUUGCAAAGAAAAAUAUAUAUAUUUUUAUUUAAUUAAAC